AUGUAUGAAUUUGAAAAUUAUCAGUUCAAAACUGUUAGCUCAGACCAUAAUUCAUGUUAAGAAGGUAUCAAAUAACUUGAAGUGUAUGAUAAAAUUGCCAGAACUAAAUUUCAAAUGACCUUCACAAAAAAUAAUCAAAUAAUUUAUUCUAAAGAUGGAGUAAUUUUAAGAGUUUAGGAGAUAAAUAUUUACAAAAUCGAUAAAAAUAAGGACGCUUUUUCUCAUCCAGAAGGAUUAAAUAAUUUGGAAUAAAUUAAUAACCUAGUAUGGCAAGGAGAAUAUGGGUAGAAUAAAAUAAAAAUUGGAAAAUGGAUUGCCAUUUGGAAAGGUGAAGUUCUUAAAGAAGUAGGUGGAUAUUACUCUGAUAAUGGAUAAAAACAAGGCUUAUGGAAAGAACUAAUUAAAAAUUAUUAGACGUAAGUUAGAUUUAUAAAUUAAUAAAUUAGAGAAGGGUAAGGUUUUGAAUUUGGAUUAUAUUUCAAUAAUUUUAGGAUAGGGAAAUGGAAUUAUUUUUACAAGAAUAAAUAGAUGUAAUUAUUUCAAUUUAUUUAGAAAUGGUGGAUAUUAUAAUGACCAAAAUUAAAAAAAUGGCAAAUGGUUUGAGCUAUAUAAUGGGAUUUGGGAGUAUUUCUUAGUUUAUAUUGUUAUUAGUAGAAGUUUCGUGGUUUAUAACGGAGAAUAUAACAAUGGUAAGAAAGUUGGUAAAUGGGAUAUUUUAUAUGGAGAAUUUGAAGAUAUUUUAUAAUUUUAAUUGAAGUAAAAAUAUACAUAUAAUACAUUUUAGAGGUUGUGGGUUCUAUGAUGAUUAAAAGUAACUAAGCAUCACAGCAUCUAAAAAAAUUGGUAGGUGGGUUGAGUUGAUUCAUGAUUAUGGUAGGGAUUCUUAAGUCUCUUAUUAAGGCGAAUAUUAAAAUGGUAAAAAAAUUGGUAGAUGGGAUAUAUUUUUUCAAGUAUCAGGUGACUAUUGCAGAUUUGAAUUAAUGUAAGAAUAACAAUUAACAAGUAUUUUAGCGGGGGUGGAACUUAUAAGGAGGAUUAUAAAGAAAAUGAUGCAAAUUCAAUUAAGAUUGGCAGAUGGAUCGAAUUGAAUAAUGAAUUUAAAAAUUGGUUAUAAGUUAUCAUAACAGGUGAAUAUAAAAAUGGGCAUAAAUUUGGUAGAUGGGAUAUUUUAUUUCGAGAAUCAAGUAAUAAUUUAGAAUUUAAAAAAAUGUAAGACUAGAAUUAUAUAAAAAAUAAAUAUUUUAGAGGGGGCGGAUAAUAUGAUGAAGAAAGUUUGGACAGAGAUUCUAUUAAGAUUGGUAAGUGGACUGAGCUGUAUGAUGGGUUUAAUCAAGAUACUUAAAUCACCUACUCUGGUGAAUAUAUAAAAGGUAAAAAAAUUGGUAGAUGGGAUAUUUUUCUUAAAAAUUGGAGAACAAUAGAGAAUGAAUUAAUGUAACAGAUAUAAUUUAAUACUAAAUAUGUAUUUUAGAGGUGGUGGAUAAUAUGAAAAUUAAAAUUAAGAAAGUUUAGAAGAAUCAACUA